GACGAAGUUGCGGGCAACAGCUAGUAAAAAAAGAAAAACAGUUUAUAUUGUGAUGUGUAAACCUUAAUUCUACCAUAAAAUUAGUACAAAUUUCUAAUUAUAAAUUAAUUUCUCGCUAUAAUUGUUAAUUAACGUGCACUUAUUAAUGAGUAAAGUGUAACAUUUUUUAACUUUAACAAUCACUUGCAUUUGAACGAUGAAGGAAUACGCGGUUGUUAUCGCGUUUGUGAUAUUUUUGGCUGACCCAAUAAACUCGAAAGGCGCACACCGCAGCUUCUUCAAACCUCCAAGAUCAAACCAAGUAGAUGAACCGUUAACUCCUAAUGACCAAGUUGAUGAUGUUUACAAAAUGCUAAGAAUAUUCAGUUCAACUUACAAACUGCCAGUCUACAUAGUAUCAUCACACAUACACCCAAAGAAACUGAAGAAAAUCAGGGAACCAAAGCUGUAUCGAAACUUGGACGAACCUUUAAAGAAGAAUUUGAAGAAGAGAAUCUUCUAUGACACUAAGAAGAAUUUGAGGAGGACUAGUGGGAAGAAGAUAUUCUGGCUCGCGAAUAGAGAUCUGAAUAAACGUAUCCGUGAAGUCAUAUUGCCCGGGCCGUUGAUUCAACAUUGAUAUGAACGGGCCACGUUUUGAGAUUUCAAAAUAAAAUUUUAUUUGAAUUUGUGUCUAUUUUUUUCGCCAGUAACCUUCAUGGGAGGAGAUCCGGUCGUUUUUAAAGAUUGUCUAAGAUGCAGAGGACUUGUUGAGAUUUUAAAUUUAACAACGCCAUCUAGUCUGAAACUAUGCAAAGCUUGUAUUAUGAGUACUA